GAGGGAGGUGUCCACCGGUGAGGAGGGCAUACCCACCAAUUCCCGGCUGACGCUGCCCCGCGCCGCGGAGCAAAGCUAGGCCCGGGAAUCCUGCUCUUAAUGCCAGUUCUGUUAAGCCAGCAGCCUCUUGACACUAAGGAGAAAGUUGGUGCCCGUCGUGGUUUUCUUUUUCAUUAAGUGGCUCAUUAGCUGCGAGAAUCUGUUGGGAGUCAGUUUUUUGUGAAGAACAUUGGGCUAGGAACCAAAACUCACCUCUUUGCCAAUUUGAUAUUGUGCAAGUUCUCUUAACCUCUGUGGAUCUCAGUUACUUCAUCUGUACAAAGGAGAUAAAACUUAUUUACUGGUCUGAAGAUGAGGUGGCGGACCAUCCUACUACAAUACUGUUUUCUCUUGGUUACAUUUCUCCUUACUGCUCUUGAAGCUGUGCCCAUAGAUAUAGACAAGACAAAAGUACAGAAUACUCACCCUGUGGAAAGUGCAAAGAUAGAACCACCAGAUACUGGACUUUAUUAUGACGAAUAUCUCAAGCAAGUGAUUGAUGUGCUGGAAACAGACAAACAUUUCAGAGAAAAGCUCCAGAAAGCAGACAUAGAGGAAAUAAAGAGUGGGAGGCUAAGUAAAGAGCUGGACUUAGUAAGUCAUCAUGUGAGGACAAAACUUGAUGAACUGAAAAGACAAGAAGUGGGAAGGUUACGAAUGUUAAUUAAAGCGAAAUUGGAUUCUUUUCAAGGUGUAGGCAUGGACCACCAAGCUCUUUUAAAACAAUUUGAUCACUUGAACCACAUGAAUCCUGACAAGUUUGAAUCUACAGAUUUAGAUAUGCUAAUCAAAGCAGCGACAAGUGAUUUGGAACACUAUGACAAGACUAGACAUGAAGAAUUUAAAAAAUAUGAAAUGAUGAAGGAACAUGAAAGGAGAGAAUAUUUAAAAACCCUCAAUGAAGAAAAGAGAAAAGAAGAAGAAUCUAGAUUUGAAGAAAUGAAGAAAAAACAUGAAAAUCACCCCAAAGUUAAUCAUCCAGGAAGCAAAGAUCAACUCAAAGAGGUAUGGGAAGAGACUGAUGGAUUGGACCCUAAUGACUUUGACCCCAAGACAUUUUUCAAAUUACAUGAUGUCAAUAGUGAUGGAUUUCUGGACGAACAAGAGUUGGAAGCCCUAUUUACUAAAGAGUUGGAGAAAGUAUAUGACCCCAAAAAUGAAGAGGAUGAUAUGGUAGAAAUGGAAGAGGAAAGGCUUAGAAUGAGGGAACAUGUAAUGAAUGAGGUUGAUAUAAACAAAGACCGAUUGGUGACUCUUGAAGAGUUUUUGAAAGCUACAGAAAAAAAGGAAUUCUUGGAGCCAGAUAGCUGGGAGACAUUGGAUCGGCAACAGUUCUUCACAGAGGAGGAGCUAAAAGAGUAUGAAAAUAUUAUUGCUUUACAAGAAAGUGAACUGAAGAAGAGGGCUCAUGAGCUUCAGAAACAAAAAGAAGAGCUUCAGCGUCAGCAUGACCAACUUGAGGCUCAGAAGCUGGAAUAUCAUCAGGUCAUACAGCAGAUGGAACAAAAAAAAUUACAAGCAAUUCCUCCAUCAGGGCCAACUGGAGAAUUGAAGUUCGAGCCACACAUUUAAAGUCCGAACUCCACAAGAACUUGGAAGAAAGCUGUUAACUCAACAUCUAUUUUAUCUUUUUAGCUCCCUUCCUUUUUCUCUGCUUAAUAAAUAUUUUAAAGCAUAUUUG